GCCAUGAGCCACACAAUGCAUACCUCCACUUCCUACAGGCGCACCUUUGGAAGCCCACACCCAAUCAACGUGUCUUCUUACUCCCCUUCGUACUCACGUAUGCCCUUGUCCGGGGGACGCUAUAUGCGUUCGGCGUCACCUGUUGUGGCAUCCCGCUCCACCACCUACCACCAACAGCGUUCCCGCUCCAGCACCCAGCCCCCUCGCCUCUCCUAUGACAAGGUGGACUUCACCCUGGCUGAGGCUGUCAACCAGGAGUUCCUCAGCACCCGCAGCAAUGAGAAGGCCGAGCUACAGGAGCUCAACGACCGCUUUGCCAGCUUCAUCGAGAAGGUGCGCUACCUGGAGCAGCAGAAUGGUGCACUGCAGCAGGAGCUCAACCAAUUCAAAGGCCAACAGCAGCAUGGCCAGCCCAACCGUGCCUCUGAGAUCUUCCAGGAGGAGCUGAGGGAGAUGCGGCGCCAGAUGGAUGACAUUGGAAAGGAGAGGGACCAGUACCAACUGGAGAGGGAUAACCUGGCUGAAGAUUUGGGCCUGCUCAAGCAGAGGAUGGAUGAGGAAACCCAGAAGAGGGCAGAUGCUGAGAAUAACCUGGUUGCCUUCCGUAAGGAUGUGGAUGAUGCCACUUUGGCCCGCUUGGAGUUGGAAAGGAAGAUUGAGUCUCUGAUGGAUGAAAUUGAAUUCCUCAAGAAGAUCCAUGAUGAAGAAAUCCAGGAUGUACAAGUGAGUGUACAGACCCAUCAGCUGAAGAUGGAGGUGGACAGCACCGUCAGGCCAGACCUAACUGGUGCUCUGAGGGACAUCAGGGCCCAGUAUGAGACCAUUGCUGCGAAGAACAUGCAGGAAUCGGAGGACUGGUAUAAGUCCAAGUUUGCUGAUUUGACUGAGUCUGCAAAACGCAACGGUGAUGCUCUGAGGCAGGCCAAGCAGGAGGCCAACGAGUCCAGGAGGCAGAUUCAGUCUCUCAACUGUGAAGUUGAUGCACUGAAGAACACGAAUGAGGCUCUGCUGAGGCAGAUGCGUGAAAUGGAGGACCAGUUUGGAAAUGAGAUUGGCAACUACCAGGACAACGUAGGUAGACUGGAGGAUGAGAUCCGCCACCUGAAGGAGGAGAUGGCUCGCCACCUUCGAGAGUACCAGGACCUCCUCAAUGUCAAAAUGGCUCUGGACAUUGAGAUUGCCACUUAUCGUAAAUUGCUGGAGGGAGAGGAGAGCAGGAUCACUGUACCCAUCCUCAAUCUGGGCAUAACAAAUCAUCUGGGUGAGCGAGACUAUGAACACAUUCCAGACAGCGGGACCAAGAGGACCGUUGUGAUAAAGACAGUUGAGACUAGAGAUGGAGAGGUGGUGAAAGAGUCCAGGAGGGAGAAGGAGAGCGAGCCAGGACGCACUGACAAGGAUGACCAUGAGGAGUAG